GGACAGGUAUGAUAUAUGACGUCACGCAGGUAACGCCCACCGCUCUUCCUCUUCGCUGUUCUGCCGUUCCGUGCUGGAUAUUUGUCUAUAAAUCCAUAGCUGACAUAAAGGUGGUGCCAGUCCUCAGUCCUCAAUGUCUUUCAGAACUAAACACGAUUUGUGCCGAAUAUGUGGGGGCGCUCUCCAGGGAAACCAAAGACGAUGGCUGUUUAGUGGCCAAAAUAAAAAGAGUGGUCAGUCUCAGACCUUGACAGAGACUCCAAAAGGGCAGCGCUUGUCUAGAUCCUCACAGAGCAGCCCUUGGGGCAGCACGUUAUCCCUGGGUUCCUCUGUGUCUCUCUCCAAGUUACAUGUGUCGUCGAGCUCCCCUUCCAAAGCAGUGGACCUGCUGUCCGUGUUGACCCACAUACUGGGGCAGUCUGUACCACGAGGCAGUGGGCAGGGGGAGUUUGUCUGUGGCAAAUGUGUGUGUGCCCUUGAGCGAGUGUUCAAGUUUGACUCUGUGAUAGCCAGAGUGAGGGUGCUCUCAGCUGAGAGGCUUCACAAACUGACACAAGAGAGGGACAAAAUCAGACAGUGGGUACGCCAAAACUACAAACAAAGGCAGUCACAGGAGUUCCUGAACAAAAGCAGUGAGGAGGAUGGGGAGUCUGUCAAGGAGGGCUACAGGGAGAUGCUCAAAGAAAAUAUGGCACUUUCAGAGUAUGAGUGCUGGUCUGAGAAGUGGGACAUGUGCCCAUAUUUUGUAAGGACUGGCAAAAGAUGCAGAAAGGGCAAAGGAUGUGAAGGGUGUGAUUCAUUAAGGGUUUCAGACUCAGAUUACGAGUCUGUUUGUGGAGUUCCCCGCCACUUGCCUUUCCAACCCUUCUCUCCUUUAGCUUUGUCCCGAGACAAAUCCCAGAGCAUGCCCCUCCAUUGCCUGAGGGUACCUUCCGUCAGUUCCACCCCUGCUUCAUUGUCUGGAUCCAGGCUGUCUUUACAGCAGUCUUCCUGCACAGCAUCCAUUCAGUCUUUGGACUUGUAUGAUGACACCGAUAUGUUCGAUAUACCAAGUGAUCAGUCAGUCAACUUUGUGCUGACAGAGUUGAGAAGUAUUGAAGCAAAACCGGUGUGUUCUCCGUCAGGGAGCAGAAUCCCAGUUCUGGACAGGAAGGUUGGGAGAUAUUCAGCACAAAUUGGAGAGGGUGCAUCACCCACUGUGAGCCGUGUCCUGAACUUUGAGAAUAUGGAGAAUGGAAAAGAUGAUACAGAUGAAGAAGAUGGGGAUGUUCUAACAGAACUGAAGGAUGAGUUUAUGCCUUUUCAUCGAGCGAGCACCGUAGGCAAGCUUGGUCACGCCGUCAGGCAUCUGCAAGACCAGCUUGACCAGGCUGUGACCCGUAACAGGACCCUGGAGGCUGAGCUGAAAUAUGGGGGGAGCAAACCUACAGAAGUCAACAGAUCAGAGGACUGGGCUCCUUUGGUCCAUAUGGACGGUGGCAGUUUCCUGCUACAGAGACUCGGUCAUUCUCUGCACAGCCGGGAGUGUCUGAUCCAGGAGUGUAUGGGUCUGAUUAAGAGACUGUGCAUGGAUGAGGGAGCAGGGAACAAGUUGACUGAGAAAUUGUCUGAGAACCUGAAGGAAACCCUCUCUGACAACAAGAUUGCACUGGAGAGUUUGGCGUCUGAAAUGAGAGAAAGUCAAAAGAGGAUGGAAAAAGAGGUAGAGUCUCUGAGGAAGGCUGGUAGAGACAGAGAGCAAGACCUCAACACGCUCAACACCAUACUGCAGUGCAACCAGGAUAUUAUUAAUGAUCUGCGAUUGGCUCUUGGGGAGAAGGAGCGUCUGCUGAGAGAGGUAGAGAAAGAGCGAGAGGUGUGGAGACAGAGGGAUCAGACCCUCAGCGCUGUGCUGCAGGAGAAGGAAUCACUUCUCUUCUGCCUCAAGGAGGAGCUACAGAGCUGCCAGAAAGAUUUGCAGGCUCUGUCAGACUCUGUGAUUGGCCAGGGCUUGACAGGAGGUGGGGCUGAGGCAGCUCUUGCUACUCAGCUGAAGGAGGAGAUUGAGCUUGCAGCCUCGCUGAAGGACAGAGAGAGAAACAGCACCACCAUGUGUCAAGAGGUCACCAAACUAAACGCUGUACUUCAGGAACAACAGAUCAUGAUGCAGAAUCAGCAGAUGAGUCACAGUCAGAUGGUGUCAUCACUGACAGCUCAACUCAGAGACAUCCACAUGGAGCUGAGGGAGAAAGAGGAGGAGAAGAAGGAGGCACAUCGGUCCUGGCAGAAUGACAUGGAGGAUAGAGAAAAAGAAGAGAGAAAACUAAGGGAUGCCCUGGAGAGGAGAGACAAAUUCAUCGAGCAAAUCCUUUUGGAUGCUGAGGAGCGGGACCAACUGUUCCGAGAGCUGCAACACAACCUCCAGAAUAAAUAUGACCCCGUGACUACCAUCAAGCACACACUGUGAUGGAGGAGAGCCGCCGUGACGUGGUGACAGGAUGCACACUUACUGCACAGGAACACGUUUUGCACUUUCUGCACCACGUUUUCGUCGUUGACAUAUUUAUUGUGGUGCCAUAAGCCAGUUUAGUUUUCAAGUGUUUAAUGCUCUCAUCUUUGGAGAGUCAUUGCAGUCUUCAGCGUUUGGUGUGGAUUUGCGUCUGGUCUGUUGUUGGAUGUUUAAUACCUGAUUACCUGGCACCGCAUUACUGUAUUUAGAGGAUUCUUGAAUUUUGUUGUGAAAUGGUGAUUACUUGUAGUUAUUUCAACUGUAGAAAGACUACUGAUACAUUUCUGAAUAAUCUGAUCACAAAUCCUUAUUUGGAAGCUUUUAGGGAGUGUGUUGAAAUGGGUUAAACAGAGUUUUGCUGUUUUCUGCUCUACUUGCUUUUUGCAGUACUAUUUCGGUUUUUGUGUUUUUAAAUGUGAUUGUGAAGAACUGCCACCUGUGAUUUACAGUGUUCGUUUUGCACUUCUUGUUCAUACCAAAGAUAUAUUUUAACCAUUCUUUUGUUGUCAUUUUCUGCUUUUACUUGCCUGCAUUUUUGUUUUGUUUUGUUAUUGUGGUACUGUUCAGAUUUUCCUCCACACUUUCCAGUCCUUUGUCAAGCAGGCUACUGUGCACAGUUCCUGUUAGCUCAAGGGAAUUAAACACUGAUCAGAA